AUGCGAUUGGGCAGAUUUAUUGAUUAUAUCAAAACAGCAUUAGAAAGUGUUCAUAUUCGAAACACGCGUAUGAGUGUCUUAUUUGGUCUAAUUGCUGUGUGUCAGUCAUUAUUUAUGUUAUUUGAUAACCUGUUAUUGUUAAAUCGAUAUAAAAUAAUUAAAUUACAGAAUGCUCAACAGUAUACAAAAUAUUUAAAUGAAGUAUGGCUAUUAUGGUUAUCAUUAGCCCUUACACGAGACUGGUAUGAAGUUAACGGAUUGUAUAAGAAUAACGAGUUAAUGAAAUCUAAUAAACAAACCGUUGUUCAAAAAUUCAGAGUAUUCUGGAAUAAUAAACCAUUAGUGAUUGAUACAACAAAAAACCUGUGUGAUAUUUAUCUCCCAUUAUCGAAUUUAAACUUUUUAUCAUUGCACCCUGGUCUUCAAGGAUUAGUUGGAACAAUAUCAUCUGUACUUGGACUACUACAACUAUGGGAUAAACAAUAUCAAUUACCGUCAUAA